AUGUGGCAGCCGACGCGGGCCCGGCCCCGCGCGCCCUGGCGCUGGGCGCUGGCGCUGCUGGCGCUGGGCGGCGCGGGGCUGUGCCACGCCGGCCCGAAGCACGGGUACCCCGCGCGGCCGGGCGCCAGGAACAAGAACUGGUGCGCCUACAUCGUGAACAAGAACGUGAGCUGCUCCGUGCUGGAGGGAAGCGAGAGCUUUAUUCAGGCGCAGUACAACUGUCCCUGGAGCCAGAUGCCCUGUCCCGCCGCGCUCGUGUACCGAGUGAACUUCAGACCCAGGUACGUCACUCGGUACAAGACGGUGACCCAGCUGGAAUGGAGGUGCUGCCCUGGCUUUAGAGGGGCAGACUGCCAAGAAGGUCCCAGAGACCCCGUGAGGACCCCCCGCCCCACGCCCGCUCGGCCGCGAAACAGCAUGAAGAAAGCCACAGACAAUAACGAACCAAGCGAAGCCUCAGAGCCCAGGAAGACUUUGUCCCCAACUGCAACAGAACCAAGCCAGGUGGUAGAUCCAAAACAGGGGCCCCAAGAACUUCAGGAAAAGAAAAUCCAGGUGCUCGAGGAGAAGGUUCUCCGACUCACAAGGACGGUUCUUGACCUCCAGUCCUCCCUUGCUGGAGUGAAUGAAAACCUCAAACAUGCCACUCAGGACGAUGCCAGUAAAAUGCGGCCAUCGUGGCUUGGCAGCCCGCACCCCCAGCCUGAUGUUGCCACCGGUGGAGACAGAGAAACAGUCCAGCAUCCUGGCGUCCUUCAUGGUAAAGAAUCUGGCAUGAAGGACAUCAAGUCCGAGUUGGCUGAAGUCAAAGACACUCUGAAGAACAAGAGCGACAAGCUGGAAGAGCUGGACGGGAAAGUGAAGGGCUACGAGGGGCAGCUCCGGCAGCUCCAGGAGGCUGCGCAGGGCCCCACCGUGACCAUGACCCCCGGCGAGCUGUACCAGGCCUACGUGGACAGUAGGAUGGACGCCCUGCGGGAGGAGCUCAUGGAGGGCAUGGACAGGAAGCUGGCCGACCUGAAGAACUCGUGCGAGUACAAGCUGCUCGGGCUCCAGCAGCAGUGUGACGACUACGGCAGCAGCUACCUGGGAGUCGUAGAGCUGAUUGGGGAGAAGGAGACGAGUCUGAGGAAGGAGAUAAACGACCUCCGAGCCCAGAUCCGGGAGCCUUCAGCGCAGCCAAACUGCUGCGACAGCAAAAAGAAUGGUGACUUCGGUCAACAGAUCAAGACGCUAGACCAGAAAAUUGAGAGAGUCGCCGAGGCCACCAGGAUGCUGAAUGGACGGCUGGACAACGAGUUUGACCGCCUCGCGGUUCCAGAGCCAGAGGUGGACUUUGACGCCAGAUGGAACGAACUCGAUGCGAGGAUCAAUGUGACAGAGAAGAACGCGGAAGAGCACUGCUUCUACAUCGAGGAAACCCUUCGGGGGACCAUCAGUGGGGAGGUGGAUGACUUGAAGCACCUUGUCGAUCAGAAAAUACAGUCUCUGGAAGGCCGUCUGGGGAGCGUUCUCCUACAGGUGGCCAACGGCACUGACGCGGGAUUCACGCCCCUGGGGCCAGCCCUGCCAGGCGCGCCGGGGGCGGCGAAUGAACAGGUCGUGCUGGAAUUAAACCGCCUGAAGGACAAAGUUCAAGUCGUGGAGGAUAUCUGCGUGCGGAACGUCCAGCCUCACGGGAGGGAAGGUGCUUCGCCAAGCGGGGAAGGCCCCACAGCGCGGGACAGCUGGCGCCUUUGGAGAUCUCUCAACGACACGAUGCAUAGGAAGUUUCAAGAAACCGAACGGAGCAUCCAGAAACUCCAACAGGACUUUAGUUUUCUUUAUUCUCAGCUAAACCACACCGAAAACAAUGUGACUUACCUUCGGAACGAAAUGAGCAAUUGCAGGGCAGGUGAAAACGCUGGGUUGGGGGGGUUCACGAAGGUGGGUGAGCAAGAAAGGACAGUGGAGACCCCCCCGGCCCCCCAGGACCCGAUGGCUCAUUGCUGCGGCCGGCUGGAGGAGAGGUGGCACGGCUUCCAGGGCCAGGUCCUCUCGGAGCUGGACGUGUGCAAAGAGAACAUGCACGGGGCGCAGAGGGACAUCUCCGUGGUGGAGGGCAGGGUGUCUCACGUGGAGCAAACCUGCGGCAAGCUGGGCGCCAUCUCGGGAAGUCUCGAGAGGAUCAAGGAGGGACUCGGCAGGCACGUCAGCAGCCUGUGGACCUGUGUCCGGCAGAUGAACGGGACGCUCAGGGCGCACGCCAGAGACAUUUCUGGCCUGAAGAAUUCAGUCCAGCAGUUCUAUAGCCACGUUUUCCAGAUUUCUACUGACUUGCAAGAUCUGGUCAAAUUUCAACCAUCAGCAACCGAGGAGCCCUCAGAAGCGCCCCAGCCCCCAGGCCGAGGGAAGGCCCCGCAGAUGCCCAGGUCCCUGACCCCGUCGCCGGCAGAGGCCGCCACCCAGCCGGCUGAGCUGGAGCCCGCCCCGCCGCGGCCCGGUGCUCCGCCGCCCCGCGAGGACCCCGCUGGACGGCCGCACCCAGGCCAGCGGCCUGUCCUGCCCCAGAGGCCUCUGCGGCCUCGGCCCCCCGAGGAGAAGCUGCCCCUGCCGGCGCGGCCUGGCCGGACAGGGCUGCCCUCCUUGCCCGGCUCCACGGGGGUCAUCAUGGAGACCGGCGAGGCUGGGCCUCCGGGGAGGAUGGGCGUGUCGGGGAGAGGCCUGCCCCAGGGAGUGGACGGCCAGACGGGACAAGGCGCCAUCCCCAGCGCCGAGGGCUACGCGGGCGCACCAGGAUACCCCAGGUCACCUCCUGUGGCCUCCCCAGGGGUUCCGGUGCCUUCUCUGGUGUCUUUUUCUGCGGGGCUAACCCAGAAGCCUUUCCCCAGUGACGGGGGCGUCGUCCUCUUUAACAAAGUGCUGGUGAACGACGGGGACGUUUACAACCCUAACACAGGGGUCUUCACAGCUCCAUACGACGGGCGCUACCUUAUCACCGCCACCCUCACCCCUGAGAGAGAUGCCUAUGUGGAGGCGGUGCUGUCUGUGUCCAAUGCCAGCGUGGCCCAGCUGCACACAGCUGGGUACAGGAGGGAGUUCCUGGAAUACCACCAGCCCCCUGGGGCUCUGCACACCUGCGGGGGCCCUGGGGCCUUCCACCUCGUCGUGCACCUGAAGGCAGGAGACGGUGUCAACAUCGUGGUGACCGGGGGCAGGCUGGCGCACACAGACUUUGACGAAAUGUACUCCACGUUCAGUGGGGUGUUUCUAUAUCCUUUCCUUUCCCACCUCUAGGGUGCUGGGGAGAGGUGCGGGGAAAGAGCUGUAAAAACUCUGAAGCUUUAAUAUAUUUGGUUUCGGUACGUACUGGAGCACUGGUCUAGAGCUUUCUGCCCCCACCACCUCCCCCAGCAUGAAGGCUGUCCGGGCUACCACACCUCACGGCGUCCAGGCAGGCAGUGAGGCACAAGGUCAGUGUGGCCACUGGUUUUUCUGUCACUCUAACUGGACAACUGGAAGACUUGGAAAGGCCCUCUUGCUCAUGAGCCAGAUCCUCCUCGGCAUCUUCCCAGCCUCCAGCUCGCUCCACGGGUUCCUGGGCACCACCUGCUCCCCCAGGGGGGCCGGCUGGGGGCUGGUGUCCUGCUGAUGGAGGGGGAAGAGCUGCUGGGCUAAGGGCUAAGACACCCCUGGCUGAUAUUUACUGGAGAGCAACGCUGAGGCCAACCAUCUAUCUGUAUUUACACUGCAUGCAGGAGAAAAGUUUAAACACUGAAGUGCUGAGGUGGCCCAUGCCACCGCACAGGGACUCUGAGUUUACAGUUUGGGCUGUCCCACACUUGGUCCACCACUGCCACCAGCACUCUCCCGUUCACCUGGACUGCUGACGGGGAUGCGUUAGAGACUGUUCACGAAGCUUGCUGGCUCCUUAAAUGGCAUGUACAAUUCAAGUGCAAAGACAGGGAGCGCCAAUAAAGAUGUAAAACCAC